GAAUAGGAUUAAGAUUAGCAGAUUUAAAAGCAUUUACAUUUUAACCAUUGUCAAAGGUCUAAAAAUUAAACCAGAACGUGCUAAAAAUUAUAAAUACGUUGUUUCAAUACAAGAGAAAUGUAUUCAACCAGUUGGACAUAGGCCUAAAUAUAUUCAUUUAUGUGGAGGUACUUUAAUAAAUGAAUAUUGGGUCUUGACUGCUGCUCAUUGUGUUUAUAAUCGUGAUCCUGUUAACCUUUAUAUUCAAAUUGGAAUUACUGUAUCGGAAUCAUGGAAUCCUUCUAGAGAAAAAGUUCAAAGGAUUAAACUAUAUCGAUUUAAUGAGUUUACAAUGAAAAAUGAUAUAGCGUUAAUUAAAAUUUCUCCACAUCAGAAUAAAACAUUGAACUAUACCGGAACUUUUUCAAACAAAAUUAAAUUGAACAAUUUUCUGAAUAAACAAAUGACAUGCAAUAUAAUGGGAUUUGGAGCACUGAAGUAUGGUGGAGAUUAUCAAAAUCAUUUGUAUAAAGCAACAGUAAAGUUAAUAACAAAUGAAGAAUGUAUUUCUAUUUUGGGACGAAUUAUGGCACCAAAAUUUGAAGAUAAUACAAUUUGUGCGGUUGGAUUAGACGGGGAAGAUGUUUGUCAAGGUGAUUCUGGUGGUCCACUAAUAUGUUAUUACAAAGGAAAUAAAUAUUUAUAUGGUAUUGUAUCGAAUGGAUUAAGUUGUGGUGAACGUGGAAUUCCAAGUAUCUACACACUUGUAGGAAAAUAUGAACAUUGGAUUAAUGAAAUAAUUAAUUGAUUAAUGGUUCAGUUCAUAUGGAUUUUUGAAAUGUAAAUAAAAAACAGA